AUGUCUCCUGCAAAGUAUCUUCUGCUUGUAGCACCGGUAGUAGCAGUAGUAGUACUUUUCUCAGUGUGUGAAGUUUCUGGGGAUGAUGUGAUUCCACCCAAGUGUGACCCUCCAUGUCAGGUGCUUCCUCCACCAACUCCACCACUUUCUGGCGACCCCUCUUAUGGAGCUCCGCCGCCUCCAUACGGCUACUCCAUUUAUGACGCGCCGCCGCCGCCGCACAAAGGGUCAGGGCAGAAAAAAUGCCCUCCCGCUGCUCCACAGGUUCAGUGCUGCCCCCCACCAUAUCCUUAUUACACUCACGCCCCUCCAUUUCCUUAUUACACUUAUGCACCUCCUUACACUUAUGUGCCUUAUGGUGAAGGAGGAAGUCUUCUUGUGCCUAUUCUAGCAUCUCUUAUGAUGAUCUUUUCUUCCUUCAUCUUUCUCUUCUGA